UUGACUCACUAACUUACUUCGGAGUAAAGUCAAUUUUAAAAGUGACCAAAUUCGUGGUUUUGCUUUCUUAAAUGCUUGCUUUACAAGGUUCGUCCAGUAUGUACGAAGAUCAGUUUUUGGGGCAACGGGCCCGUUCGUUUCCCCUCAGUCAUGGAAUAAUGUCGGCUGCCCACCAGACGUUCCCUUUCACCGGAUUCCCAGCUGUCACACAUGAUCCACUAGGCAUAGCGCAAGGCCAGCAGUUCGGACCGUACGCUCACAUGGGUAUGUCCGAUCACAAGCGGCUGCUGCCACAUCAUCAACAGGAGGACACCAACAAGAACAUCAAAAUCAAGCUGGAGAACAGGGACCUUUGGCAGAAGUUCCACUCCUUGGGAACAGAGAUGAUUAUCACAAAGACUGGAAGACGCAUGUUUCCAACGUUUAAGACCAAUCUGGAAGGCCUUGACCCUCACGCCAAGUACAUCCUUCUGAUGGACAUCAUCCCGACGGACGACUGUCGCUACAAGUAUCAUAACUCUGAAUGGGUGGUGACGGGUAAGGCGGAACCCCACAUGCCGGGACGACUCUACAUUCACCCUGAUUCUCCAGCCUCCGGUGCGCACUGGAUGAAGCAGACGGUCGUGUUCCAGAAGUUGAAACUGACGAAUAAUAAUUUGGACCAGAAUGGACACAUUAUCCUGAAUUCGAUGCACAAAUACCAGCCGCGCGUGCACGUUGUACAGGCAGACGACAUCUUCUCGAUGAGAUGGAAAUCCUUCAAUACAUACGCGUUUGAUGAGACGUCCUUCAUUGCCGUUACAGCUUAUCAGAAUGAACAGAUCACACAGCUUAAGAUCGACCACAACCCAUUCGCGAAGGGUUUCCGUGACAAUGGCAUGGGCAGGAGGGACAAUCGAUUACAGUACAAGCGAGGGUUGGAAUCUUCGGACUCUGACACUGAAAAAGAUAUCCCAGAGAAGAAGAAAAUCAAGUCUGACGACGAAGAUCAAAUCGACGGGCAUAUCACAUCGACCACCUGCAAUGUGGGGACAACAGAAUCAACUCUAGUCAAGAACGAAACUACCGCCACAAGCAGCCGGGACGUCACUGUCAGCCCGAAGCCUGCUUCUAUCAUCUCCGCAGACGAAAUGCCCUCUUGCCAGAUCAUUGGAAAGUCGAGUACGUCAAUAACCCAUCCGUUAAAACGACCACCGGGUGCCCAGCCGCUGCAGAUCUCCUCACCGUGUCAGUAUUUACCGCAAGCGUCGUGCAACUACUUUCAGAGCUCUGGUUUUCCCCUGCGGUCCGAUCAGGUUUAUUAUCCGCAUCAUGGUAUCAAUACGUCGAGCUCAUGCGGGAUGUCAAGCAGCAGCUUUCUGCCCUCUGCCACAACAGCCAGUCUUCUGCAGCCCGUCAGCUCCAGCAUGAAGCUCCCAACUUGCCAGUUAGCCGCCCAAAGUAACUCUUGUGCCAUGUCGCAAACAACGCACGCGAACACGGUCUCCACGUACGGCAGUCUGAGUUCAGUGUCGCAUCCUCCCCAAGGUUCCGCUCUCUCGUCUUGUACCUACGUGCAGCCAAAUCAACAUUAUCCAGUCAUGGGCAUCAGCCACAAUUCACAUUUCGCAGGAUCUCUCGUUUAGAGUACAAGUUUAUGUUUACGUCAAACGUUACACGUCAGCGGACGCUGUCUCUUUCAAUGGAUGACCAAGACAUUUCAUUAGACUGAUAUCAGCCGACACACAGCGGCGGAGUUUUGCCUGUAUCUCAUUACCAUUUACAUUAUAAACUUACGCUUUGAAAACGUAAAACGUGAGUCAAAACGUAAGCAUGCAAAACUGCACUGCCUAUGUUGUGAUAUCUUCCGAAAAAUAGAGAUCACGACUCCUUAUUCAUUUUUUGAUGCUUCACUUAAAGGUUCAAAUAUUCGCAUUUUUGCGGGCUGUGAAAAUGCACCCAACUACUUUUUGUUCCUUCAACAUAAGGCUAAGCUGACUCUUCUUAGCUGAGCACAAGGACCGUAUUGUUGUAAUGGGAUGACAAACCAAACCAUCCUUAUCAUUGCUGUGUUGCACAGAAAGAGAUUCCGUUUCCGCCAAAUCGAUCGUUUGAGGACAAAGUCACAACCAGAGUGCAGAGUCAAGUUCACCUUCACAUCCACUUUUACUUGUGAAUACAAGUGAUGUUACGGAUCUAUAGUACCAUAUAGUACCAUAUAGUACUAUAGUAGUUAAUAAAGACAAGUCUUUAUCUAUUCUUGAUCGCACCUGUAAAUCAUAGUCCAAUGUUUCGUAUCAAUGUGACGUACGGAAUAAAGUAAAGGGAAGUUACCCCCAACCAAACAAUUGAAUAAGGUUGUCUUUUUGCUUAGAUAUGGUUGUCUGUAUAUUAGUAGGGAUUUAACAUGUAUAUUCAACGAUGGUGCUAUGAUGUAGCUUAGACGAAUUGUAUAUAAACACUGAACAAAAAUAUUACUGUUAAUAUAUUUUGCAUUUAUCAUAUUGAGAUGUCUCAAUUAAAUGGAAAACUGAAUGCGAAAUACUAUUGUAAAUAGAAAUAGGCAUAAAAUAAUAUCCAAUCAAACGUCGUUUUAGACCAUCUUAUGGUCUUGUUUAGAUUUUGAUGUUUGGUGAAGUCUUUUUACACCCCGGUAUUGCCACCUACUGGAGAAAAAUGUAGAUUUGUAAUGACCAUUGCCUCGGCAGGAAACACGACCCGCCUAUGGUUUUCAUCAAAGUGAAUUAUCUCUACGCAUCCUUUUUUAUGUGCAGAGAAUAAAAUUAUCAUCAUUAUUUCGUUUAACGGGGACACUGGGCCUUUAAGUGACACGGACCUUCAAAUUAUCUGAUGCCAAACACUGUGAUCAAUUACAAAUAAUAAGAUG